UUACUCUUUUUUUUUUCUCUCUCUUUAAUCUCUUUUGCUAUUCGCUUUACUAAUAUACAUGUCUCUAUUUCUGAGUCGGCUCCGCCUUGGGAAACAAGGGUUGUUGAGAAGAUCAUCUCUUCUUAUUUUCUCCAAUGGCUUUUCAUCAUCUUCCUUGCAUCAAACCCCUCCUUGUAAUAUCCUCGGCGCUAAACCUUGUGGAGAGGGUCUCGGGAAACUCAUCAUCAAGAAUGCUAAUGAACGUGACGCUACUGAACUGGAAAAGAAAGUGCCAAUGGAUUUGGUGUAUAAUAAUCAUGGUAACGAUACCAUCGUUGGGGCAUCUCAUGGCUGGAUAGCUACUCUCAAGGACGAUGGAAUCCUUCGUCUCCAAGACGAUCUCAACCCAUAUGCAUCUUAUACAGAACCGAAACACAUCCCUCUGCCUCCCCUUGUAACCAUGAGACACUGCCAAACCAAAAUCGUCACCAACGUCUCAAUGUCCUCAUCUUGUCCGGAUGAUGAUGAGAAUUGUGUUGUGGCUGCUAAGUUCUUGGGAGCUCAGCUCAGCUUUUGCAAACCAGCCUCUCAGAGUAGUAAACCAGAGUGGACCAACAUCAGGAUCAAAAACCCUUGUUUCUACUCCUCACGUGUCGUGUUCUCCAAGAAAGAGGAGAUGUUUCGUAUUCUCGGAUAUGGAGGCCACCUCAUGGGGUCAUGGGAUCCCUGCAAACCCAGCGAGGACCCCAAGUUGCAGAUCUUGCAUUUCCAAAAGAUUCCUAAGCUGCCGAAGGCCACACGCGAGCUUAUGGAUUCGUGUUGCAAGAGCGAGCACUUGGUGGAGUCACCAGCUGGUGAGACUUUCUUGGUUAAGAUGUACAGGAAGACAUCCGAGAUCAGCAAGGGUGGUAUUGCAAAAAUGAAGACGAGAGCUUUAAUGGUGUUCAAGAUAGAUGAAGAAGGAAACGCUGUCCACACUCAAGACAUAGGAGAUCUAGUCAUUUUCCUCUCGGAUUCUGAACCAUUCUGUGCCCCUGCUGCUUCCUUUCCUGGCUUGCACUCAAACCACGUUGAGUUCUUGGAAGCUUUCAACGAAGUCGCAUAUAUCGAUCUGUCUGGUCACGCCUUCAUUAGCUAUAUUGAUUCUCACUUCCCUGCUUACUAUAUUCCACCUCAAAAAAUCUAGAAAACUAGUUUGGAAUUGAUGGCUGAGUCUUACCUCUUGGUGUUUGCUAAGUGCAGUCUGUUUUUAAUAUUUCUGGAGUUUUUGCAUUUGUUCCUUUGUUAUGAUUAGAGAACUGAUUGGCUCAAUUCUUCAACAACAAAACCUCUUAAUUAAAAGACCAGUUAACACAACAAAAUUCUCUGUACACAUCUCACAACUCUUUUUUAGUAAAUUUUUUCAGGGUUAUUUCGCUUCAGAAGGUAACUCGAAAAGAAGAAAAUUAACAAAGCUUUAGUUGUGAGAUGUACGUAACGUCAGAGCUCCUCACGCCUCAGGGAUGAUAUGGAUUUUUAUCUCCAUAGUUCCUUGUAACCUGCGUUUACAAACCACACUAUUGAGUGAGCAAAUGUCAUCCGACAAAUUAAUCAGGUACAUAACAUUAGCUAGCUGCUGAUGCCAAUCAAUGCCUUCCAUGUCCCUGAUACAAAACAUGUACUUGUCUCAAAAACCUCUUUCAUUUUUCAUUUUUUUGUAGUAAGAUUUGUUUUGAUCUUUACUACACAGUUAAACCAACUUGGCGAGAAGGCAUCCUUUUGUAUUAACGGAGGGUUUUCCCUGGACAUCAGUCCAUCACCAUUCU